GACUGACACGCAGUGCGAUGAAUUUUUUUUAUGAUAUCGAGUAAUUUAAAUCUACCCGCCCUUUGACCCCACGUGACUUGUCAACCGUGAAACCCUCAAAAUCAUCCCCUUGAAAAUAAAUCGAUGGUCCCGCGCACACGAUGAGCCUCGGAUUGAGACCAUUGAGACUAGGUGUCCGUCAUCCUCCUCUGAUUGUCGCACUCCUCUCACUCCAUCCUCGUCUCAACCUUGAAUUUCCUCCACGACGACCUCCCGGAGCGUUUACUCUCGGCGGGUGAAGUUGUUUUUACUCGUACUCCCCCAAAAGCCUCAUGUGCUGAUCUGUACGCACUAUUAAAAGUGCGUAAAACGGCAAAAAAAUUAUUAAAUACACUCAUGUUUUGGUGUUGGAGAACUCAGUGUGUGGAGAAUGGUCUUGUGCUUCACAGGGAUGAUUUAACCUCUCGCUGAGGGCUCAGGGUCAUCCAACUAUUUUACCCAAGUGUUCCAGUUGAAAUUACGGACUCUAUGAAGACUCAGUGAUGAAUUUUUGAAUUUAAUCGGGGGAAAUGUGAGCUGGGAAUCGGAUUCCUGGUGAUUGAUGCUUGGAUUAUCAUUGUGAAAAUUAAGAUGGUGCAGCGACCGGUUGUACCUCGACGCAACGUCAGGAUUCUCCUGAUCGGUGAUCAGAGUGUGGGUAAGACAUCCCUGAUCCUGUCGUUGGUGAGUGAGGAAUAUGCCGAGGAGGUGCCGCACAAGGCCGAGGAAAUAACGAUACCAGCAGACGUUACCCCAGAGCAAGUGCCGACCCACAUCGUUGAUUACUCCUCGACAGAGCAGACUGAGGAUCAGCUGAUGGAUGAGAUCCAGAAGGCCCACGUAAUCUGCGUCGUCUACUCGGUUGAUGACGAGGACACCCUGGACAGAGCUGCAAGCUACUGGCUGCCACUCGUCAGGAAAUGCUCGAGCAUAAAUAGAUGUCCUGUUGUUCUCGUAGGGAAUAAAAUUGAUCUCGUCGAUUAUUCCACCAUCGAGGCGGUCUACCCCAUCAUGAAGGAGUUCUCGGAGAUCGAGAGCUGUAUUGAGUGCUCUGCCAAGACACUCCAAAACAUAUCUGAGAUGUUUUAUUAUGCUCAGAAAGCGGUGCUGCAUCCCACAACUCCACUGUAUAAUUACGACACUCAGGAACUCACCGACGAGUGCAAAAGAGCUCUCCAGAGAAUAUUCAAGAUUUGUGAUCUCGAUAAUGAUGGGCUGCUCAAUGAUAUGGAGCUCAAUAACUUCCAGCAGUCGUGCUUCAAUACUCCUCUGCAGCCCCAGGUCCUGGAAGACGUCAAGGCGGUGCUGUCGAAAAAUAUUCACGAUGGCACGUGCAAUGGAUGUGUCACCAUGAAAGGCUUCAUGUAUCUCCAGUGUUUAUUUAUCCAGCGAGGGAGGAACGAAACCACGUGGGCUGUGCUCAGGAAAUUCGGAUACGACAAUGAGCUGCAGAUGUCGAAAGAUUACAUCCACCCGCCGCUGAAAGUACCGUCUGGUUGUACCACAGAGUUAUCCCACAAAGGCCAAGAAUUCCUGACAGUACUAUUCAUGCUGCACGAUAGAGAUCGUGAUGGUGCUUUAUCACCAUCUGAAAUGGACUCGUUGUUUUCGCGUUGCGUGACACCACCAUGGGGCGACGAGUUCAAACACACUGUAUCCACUAAUGAAAAGGGCUGGAUCACCUAUCAAGGAUACAUGUGUCAAUGGGCCCUUAUGACGCUGACAAACGUUCGAAAAACUCUGGAGUACAUGGCAUACCUCGGCUACAACAUCUUCAACAAUGAGUGUCAAACGAGUGCUGUUACUGUAACCAGAGAGAAAAAAUUAGAUCUAGCCAAGAAGCAGUCCAGUCGAAAUGUCUACACAUGUCACGUCAUUGGUCGAAAGAGCAGUGGAAAAACCACGCUAUGUAGGACGUUUAUUGAUCCGAAACUCGAGAAAUUGACUGAUGAUAAAGUACCAGCGAAUGCUCAGUUGGCUGCGAAUACGGUGCACGUUUAUGGCCAGGAGAAGACUAUUAUAUUGAGAGAUAUUAAUAUUUUGAAUGUUCAAGAUGCCUUAACUCCUGCACAAAUACAGUGCGAUGCUGCAGCCCUUGUUUACGAUUCUAGCGAUCCAAAAUCGUUCGAGUAUAUCGCUCGUAUUUAUAUUAAAUAUUUUGCGGACAGCAAAAUACCCGUACUAAUAGUUGCAAACAAGAGUGACCUCGCUGAAGUGAAACAGGAGUACCUGCUGCAGCCAGCGAGUUUCUGCAGCAAAUACAAACUCAUGCCCCCACAACCGUACAGCAUUACUCGGACUGUACGACCGGAGAUAUUCGUCAAAUUAGCAACAAUGGCUGCCUUUCCCCGCUUUCAAGCAGCGUGGGUAUUAUUUUACAAACACAGCCGUUUGAGGCGUAUGGUCCACAUGUUGCUUGUCAAUCCUUCACCAAAUCAAUGGUGGAAUUGUUUCACAAGACACAUGAAGCAGUUCGGUCUCGUUCAAGGGGAUUCAGUCGUCUGGUGGAAGGCUGGUCUUGGAAUAGCAGCAGCCACUGUAGCUGGUUUCAUGAUGAUGCGUGUACUCAACACGAACAAAAGAUAGUCUUACCAUAUUAUAUAUUUUUUUUCUCCUAUCCCUAUUCCUCGUAAUAUACCACUUGUUUAAGAGAACAAUGCCCUUAUCGUAAAGCACGCGUUAAGUUAAUAAACACUGUUCCCAAAUUCAA